GAGAAGGGAUUAUUUUUUUAAUAUAUAUUUAAUAAAAGCUAGAAACAAAAUCUCGCCAUAUUUUAAAUCAAUGUUAAAAGGCCGUGCAGUUAACAUUUCGCUAAAUAUAAUUUUACACUAAUACUAAAUCGGUUACUUUGAUCCAUAGUAUCAUAGCUUCAAAUGCUGUUGCAUAGUGAAGUCUUCCAAUAUGGGAAAUAAAUUUCAAAUAUUUUAAUUGUUCGCUUUGUGCGUUGUUCUGAUGUUGCCUUAAUAAGUAAGCAUCGAGGUCGUGCUAAAAGCGGUGUGAUUUGAAGUGUAAUAAUGGUUAUGUGGACUAUUUUAAAGUCAUUGAACCUAAGUGCGGCGUGCUGACAUUGUGUCUUGUGCAUCGAAAGCAUGUAAAUAAACAUGAACGAUAUAGGCAUUAAAAUAGUGGAAUCUCCGAAAGACCGGUUGCUGGGAGCCGAAGUGUCCCCUGCGCCGGAGUUAGGAAACGAAAAUGAAGUCGAUCCCUUGUCGAUUGAUGAUGAUGUUGCUGUAAAGAAUCAGCUGGUGGUUUCUGAUGAUAAAUCAGUGAGAGACGGAAUUCAGGAGAGCUGUGAUGAUAAUGCCAAAGAAGAGCCAAUAAGUGAACCACAGAUUAAUGAUAGUAAUAACUUGCAAGUGUCUGAAACAAAUAAAGUUUCAGAGGACAUAAAAGAGGAAAGCUUGAUAGAAACUUUACCGGAAGAGAAUGCAGAAUCUAUUGAGAUAAACAUUGAUACGCCUAAGCAGGAAGGUGUUGACUGUAAUGAAAGCCAAGAGCAUCCUGUGAGUGUGGCUUUGGAAAUUAAGGAGCCGGAACCUGUAGCCAUUGCAAUAAGGGACACUCCGAAGGAAGAGAUUGAAGUUGAGAAGAAUACUGAUGUGGAGAUGACCGAAGUUCAGCUGGUUGAGAAACUAGAAACAGAACCUAAGCCCAAUAUACAGGCUGUUAACGGUGAUAUAACUAAGGAUGAGCAAGCACACAAAAGGCGAGCUAGUGAAGAAGUAGACACUGAAUCUCCAUUGAAAAAACUUUGCGCUGAAGUAGAAAAGACAUUUCCACAACAUGACAUAAUGAUAAAUGAUUACAUACACACAGCCACGAAGAACAACAUUGAUGAAAUACAGAGGCACACAGAACAACUACUAUCUGAAAUACAAACAUUACGAGAAUUGGCACAGAAGAAGGAACACGAAUGGAACAAUAUAUUGCAUUUAAAAAAAGUGAAAGAAGAAAUACUACUAAGGCUUCUGAGGCGAAAACAAGUUCUAUCAUUCGAGAAAAGCGCUGAUGUGAAUGGUGCAGAGAGAACAGAUCCAUUCGACUAUCUAAACCAGGCUAAGAACUUGGCUAUUGACAAAAGUGAUGAAAUAUCUGGAUUAGCAAUCAAGCAGCCAGGCUCAGCUAUGAUGAACACUAUCAUCCAGCCACCAGUCUUACCUGUUACCUCACACUUUAAUCCAAUGUCAGGAUUACCGCCACCAUACGAUAAAGCAGCUCAUAUGCAAUCAAUGCCAAAACCUGUGUUUCCUCAGGCAAUGAUGAUGCCAGGACCAAUGCCUGGAUUUCCUAGAGACAUGAAUGGGCAAUUGCCGGCGUUUGGAAUGCCCAUGGGUCGACAGGGACCAACUAAAGAUGUAAAAUCUAUAAUAGCUGAUUAUAGACAAAGGAACCCUGAAAUAACUCCUCGGAGAGGGAGAAGAAUGAAGUCCAUAGUUAAUCCUAAUAUGAUGAACACUCCAAGGCCGAUUGCACCUAAAAUGGACAAUAUGAAUAAUUUAAGUAACCUCAACAUGUUAUUCAACAAUUUAGAUAUGAAUCAAAAAGCGAUGUUGGAACGGCUGCAGCAAAUCCAAGCAGGAAGUCUUCCAAACGGUCUAUCAUUCAAAGAUGUUCUCGUGCAGUUAGCGAACAUGCAGCAAAAUAACUUAAUGCCCACCAGACCCGUCGAAACCAUGACCACUCGACCGGAACACCAUAUCAGACCAGAGAGUAGAAGGCGGCAAGAGAGGAACGAAGAAGCUCACAUGAUGGCCAAGCAAGCUGAGCGGAUGGCGGCCUCAAGUCCAAGACUUCCGCCACCCCCUCCAUAUCCAGAAAUCUCACUGCUACCAGUCACGACCAGUCAGGAAACGGCGCAAUCACAACAGAACUCCUUACUGCAUGGCAUCUUGACUAAGCAGGCGCCCCCCGCCUCUCAGAGUUACUCGCCGACGUUGGCUAAACUGCUUACGUCGCCAGAACGGAAACAGAGCGCUCCGCCGUUGCCAACUUUCGGUCAGGCCAAGAACUGUGGCGAGAUCACCAUCACCCCGGUGCAGCCCGCGCAGCCAGAACCCGCCGCGGAGAAAACGGAAGUGGUGCAGCUUGAGGAGGAAGAGAGCGGUGCGUCGGAGGAGUCCGGCGCGUCCGGCGCGUCCGGCGCGUCCGGCUCGGGCUCCGGCUCCGGCCGGCUGGUGAUCGACGAGGGCGCGGACGAGGCGCCCACGUGCCAGGGCUGCCGCGCGCGCCUGGCGCAGUUCGUGUGCGCCGGCUGCGCCAACCAGUGGUACUGCUCGCGGGACUGCCAGGUGGCGGCGUGGGACGAACAUUCAGAAAUGUGUUCAGGUUGAAACCAACCAGCUCAGCAGCAAGUUCACACGAGUUAUCUGCGUCGCGACAUGAGCCGCAUUACAUUGCCUUACGAUAUAUUUUAAAGCGGUUUUGGUGAAUCUCUAUAUUGUCUAUCGUUAUUGGUGAGGUAAUUAUUUUUUAAUCGAUCGAAAUACCCAUCUACCCUAAUAAUUAUUUCUGUAAAAAUAUACAUAUUUUGUAUUAGUAUGAUUGGCGUAAGGCCAUGAUCGUCAUGAGUCGCGUGUGAAAGUGGACGUUCAAGUAUUACGUAAGCAAGUUUAACUCGUUCAUCUAUUAUAACAUUUAAAAAAAGCCGAGACGGCCUAGUGGUUAGAACGCGUGAAUCUUAACCGAUGAUCGAGGGUUCAAACACGGGCAAGCACCACUGAAUUUUCAUGUGCUUAGUUUGUGAUUAUAAUUCAUCUCGUGCUUGACGGUGAUGGAAAACAUCGUGAGGAAACCUGCAUGUGUCUAAUUUCAUUGAAAUUAUGUCACAUGUGUAUACUACCAACCCGCAUUGGAGCAGUGUGGUGGAAUAAGCUCUAAACCUUCUUAAAAAAGGGAGAGGAGGCCUUAGCCCAGCAGAGUGGAACAUUAACAGGCUGUUACUUCUAUCUAUUAUAACAGAAUAUAAAUAACUGGAGCUGUAGUGGGACACUUGGAAAAAAAUCCCUUCCGCUAUAUAUUAAGUACGUAUAGAUUAAAUUCAAGCUUGUCGUGUCAAUAGUCUAAAUUGAAAGCGGAUGGAAUUAUGAAUCACAAAAAAACAUCAUUUAUUAGUAUAAACCAAUAACAGACACGAUGAAAUAAAUAGCCCUUGUACUAUUGUCGUCUUCAUUCGUAACACAAGCUGAGCUUAAUUGGCGGGUUAAAUACGAAUAUUAGUAAUUCUUGAAAAAACGCACGAUAUACACACACACACACACAUACAUAUACACACACACACACACACACAUACAUAUGUACACACACUCAUACGUAUAUACACACACACGCAUACAUAUAUACACACACAUACAUAUAUACACACACGCAUACAUAUAUAGUAUGUACGUUUGUAUCGUGUCGUGAAGAUCAAAGUAUGACAUUUCUGCCUAGCCGUCGAUCGCCAAGUCUAGUGUGUACCGAUUGACAACACCCACCGAAAUUGAUGAGACGCUAUUGUCUUACGUUGAAUUCACGAACACUUCUUUACCACACAUUUACAUUUUAUUAUACACUACUAGUAUAAAUCACAAGUUACCAUAGCUGCCUGUAUCGAAAAAGCCUGUCACAUAUUAUAUUAUUCACAUGGUCACCAACGCCCAUAGACAUUGGCAUUGUAAGAAACUUUAACCAUCGAUUACAUCACCAAUGCGCCACCAACCUUGGGAAUUAAGAUGUUAUGUCCCUUGUGCCCUGUGUAAUUACAGAAUUACACUGGCUCGCUCACCCUUCAAACCGGAACACAACAAUACCGAGUACUGCUGUUUUGCGGUAGAAUAUCUGAUGAGUGGGUGGUACCUACCCAGAUGAGCUUGCACAAAGCUCUACCACUACUUCUACAACCAUUAUAUAGCGUGAGCCUGAUUUAUCACGUGGGUCAAGAUAUAAUUUCAUUGUUCGAUCUCCAUCGUGGGAUGCAAAAAGCUACGUGUGCGAAAGAGAUAAAACAUAUACAUGUAGAUCGAGACAAACCUGGUACUGGAAGAGCUAAACCGUUUGAACGAACUUGAAUCUUAUUAUUAACGUUGUUAGGUUCUUAUUUGCCUGUAUAUUUAUAUAGGUAACUAAAUACAGUAGUGUGAUAUAUGAUCAAAGGAAAUUUAGUUAUUAUUAAUAAAAAGGGAGAAGUUAGUAUAGAAUAUUGGCGGCAAUAAUCACGUAGGUGGGCUUAGUGAUAGGUGAUAUACUAUCCGUGAUAAAAUGGCGACAUAUAAACCAAAACCUCGACGAUAUAGAUGUAAUAAAUUGCCUAUAAUUUCUAUUUUUCUAAUAUGAACCGAUGUGCUCUUGUUACAUAACUCUUGAACGACCAUUAAUACUAUACUUCUUUUUACCAAAAUAAAUGAUUAUUUUUUCACGAUUUUAAUUAUAAUGUUUAAAGAUUUCGUAGCCGCGUUUCGAACAUCGUUAUUGGAUGCUUUAUUUUUAAUAACAGAUUAUAAAAAGAUUGAAAACGAUUAAUCAUUUACAUACAAUACAUAUAACGGCCUUACUAUUAAAUUUUCUAGAACAGAUGAUUAAACACCGAGCUAUCUCCUUCUCUCAUCGUUAUUUUGACAUACGAAAGAAGAAGACAAAGUAUCGUAUAACAUAGGAUGUAAAAUACAAAAUAAUAUUAUAAUUUAUAUAUGUAACGAAUUGUAGUGAUGAAAUUUGCACGUGUAAUGUAAUAAUAAAUGAUUCGAAUAUUAGAAAUAGUUAUGGCCGACUAAGAAGAAAUUUAAACUAUUAUAGUUGUAAUUAAAAUUGUAAUAAAAUGUCUUAAUUUAAGUAAAAAUAAGACAUGAA